AUGCAGGACAAUCCUUUCUUGCCUCGUCUAUACUUAUCUGGUGUUUUCUUCUUCAUUCUUAUGUACAACGGCUCUAAUGUGCUGCCCAUCGCUAGAUUUUUGCACUAUACGCACAAGAAACAGGCAUUCCGGACUGCACUGCCGCAAUUAGAGGGUGCAUCAAAUUCCAUUCUGGCUCCGCUGCUGCCAGCAGCGGCGAUUUUCUAUCUUGAAGAAUAUGGACCUGACAAAUAUGCUGAGCCGCAAUUAGAGGGUGCAUCAAAUUCCAUUCUGGCUCCGCUACUGCCAGCAGCGGCGAUUUUCUAUCUUGAAGAAUAUGGACCUGACAAAUAUGCUGAAGUUUUCUUGGGAGAGUUCGAUAAUCCAGAGAUAAUCUGGAGCACACAAAUGAGACGUCAUCUCAUUGAGAGGAUAGCUGUGCACGUAUCCGAUUUUUCCAAUCGUCUAACAUCAAAUGUGAAGGUGCGUCAUCUCAUUGAGAGGAUAGCUGUGCACGUAUCUGAUUUUUCCAAUCGUCUAACAUCAAAUGUGAAGGCGUUAUAUCAGUACUGUCCAAUACCGUUGAUAGACUACCCAGAACUACAAAAUGAAUUAUUUUGUUACGUGUAUUAUCUGCGGCAUUUGUGUGACCGACAACGUUUUCCUGAUUGGGUGAUCAGGGAUCCGAUACCAUUCCUGAGGGCUUGUCUGGCUGCAUGGUUUGAAGAGUUGGAGAAGAAACCUCCAGUUAUGUCUAUAGAGCAAGCUCGUGAAACGCUGGGUUUGAACACAAUGGAAGAUGGGUUAGUACCUUCUACACGUUACCAUCCUGACAAGAAUCCCGAAGGUCGUGAAAUGUUCGAAAAGAUUAACACAGCGUAUGAAUUGCUAUCAAGCGACGCUGGCCGAUCAUCAAUGCCUGACGCGCAUCGCAUUGUGCUGUUCCUUCAGGCACAGAGCAUCAUCUACAGCCGUCACAGUCAAGAACUGUCUGAAUACAAAUAUGCGGGUUAUGGACAACUCAUUCGUACUAUCGAUUUGGAGGCCAAGAACUCAUCUUUGUUCCAAGAAGGUGGUGGUGCUUUGCUUAGCGCAGCAGUGGAGUUGGCCAACUAUACACUUGUGAGCAGCGCAUUGAAUGCGGAACAACUGCGAAGAGAGCAAGGGCUUGAA